CUAAAAACCACAACUUUUUCUUCCUCUCUCUCUAGAAAAACCACACCCUCUAUUUUUCUUUCUUUCCAUCUAUCUAUAUCUCCAAAAAAAACAGAAGGAAAAAAAAGAGGAGGAGAGAGAUCGAUCGAUCGAUCAGAAUUUGAGUGAAAAAAAUGGCACAGAGAGCCGAGAAGGAAGAGACGGAGUUCAAGGUCCCCGAAACUCUAACGCACUGCGUCAACAACUGCGGCGUCACCGGUAAUCCCUCCACCAACAACAUGUGCCAGAAGUGCUUCAACGCCGCAUCGGCCGCCGCCACCACAUCAUCGUCGUCUUCGUCCGCGGCGAUUUUGAAGUUCUCUGCAGAGAAAAGUCCGAGAUCUACCUCAUCCUUCAGCUUCGAGGCCCAGGCCGAGACCUUCCGGAAGACGACGGCGUUGGAGAUCGCGAGAUCGGACGAAUCGCCGAAUAGGCGCGUGGUCAAUCGGUGCUCCGGAUGCCGGAGAAAGGUCGGGUUGACCGGAUUCCGGUGCCGGUGCGGCGAUCUCUUCUGCUCCGAGCACCGGUACUCCGACCGCCAUGUGUGCAGCUACGACUACAAGGCCGCCGGUCGCGAGGCCAUCGCGAGAGAAAACCCCGUGGUCAAAGCCGCGAAGAUUGUCCGGGUCUGACUGGUUUGAUAAUUAUACAUCGAUUGAAUUUGUAGAAACGGAAACGACUGAAAAAGUUUCGGAAUUUUCUCGAGAAAAUUUGAAUAGGUAUUUGUGGCUCGAUCGGUUCUCAUGGCGCGUCUCUCUCCCGGAGAUCAUCAGCGAUCGUUUAGACGAAGAGCAAAAUGGAAUUUAGAGAUGGAGAUUGAUCGCUUCGUUGAUCAAAUUCUCUCUGAAUUUUUUUUUUUUUAAACUUUAAUUAUAUUUUUGUGUUCUUUUUUUUUUUUUUUUUGUCGUGGAUUGGAAAUGAUAAAAAUUAUUGUGAUGAUUUACGAUAUUCGAUGUGAUUGUUGAAUGUUCA